AACUCAGUCAGUCAGUCAGUCAGUCGCGAGCUGUGAGCGCGCGCACGGUUUCAAGCCUCGGACUUAUCGCGUUUUUUUCCAUAAAUGAUUCGGUGCUUCGGUGAUCGCUACUCAAUCCAAGAAAUAUCAUGACUCACGAUGUGAACCGCGUGACAUGAAACGCGGUUAAAAAAUCACCUGUUAAUUGCUCAAUACUCAGUUUUCUCUCGUUUCCUUUUUCUUUUUUUCUUGGCUACUUUAUCUUCAUUUUCUCGCUACGGUUGUAGACGCGUGCUUAUACGGAUGUAGGAUACAAAUUCGGCGCGAAAAUGAACUCAUCAAGUUUUGGAUUCUAUUUGACAUUAAUUGUCAUUUUUUACGCAAACGCCAACCUAUCAACUGUUGGACAAGAGAUUUUCUGUUGUCGCUUAGCAGCUGGUUCCUGUCGCAGUGUUUGUUCGAAGAUUCGUUUGGUGGAUAUUGGAGCAGAUCCGAAAAUCAGAGAAGAGGCCAGUCGGAACCUUUCAGAGUUUUGUCCGUCGGAACUGGCGGAGUUCUGGGGCUGUUUCAAUUCAACGGUGGAAAAAGCCAGAGAGAACGAGAAUUGGGUGGGUAGAAGUUGCUGCCAUUUGUCGCAGAAUUUUAUUUGCGGAAUGAAAUGCGCGUUGGCGGGGGGUAGGCAGGACUUGGAUGGGGAUUGUCGACAGAGUGAUGAAUUGGAAUUUUUCUCGUGCUUGGAGAAGCAAGAGGAAAGCGAUAAAUGUUGUAGCGGUGUAGCGAACGACACAUGCCGUGCUGUCUGCAAGGCCAAAUUUCACAAUCCCGGUAAACAGUCGGCGCAAAAAUUGAGCGAAACCAAUUGUCAGAACCAAAUGCCGAAGUGUUUGAAAAAUUUAGCCGAGGCAGAGAGCGCCGAAAAUCCGAAACAAUAUCUUCAUUGCUGCGACGAGGCAACGAACACCGAUUGCCUAGAAACUUGUCGAAAUACGCUCCGAACGGCGGUUACUAAUGAGGACAUUUUUGACGCGCUUGAGAAAAAAUGCGGGGCGAUAAUGCCCCACUCACCGAUAUGGAGAUGCUUUAUGAAGACCACAACGGCGCCCGAACCACCAAGACUUCCACUGGAUGCUGCCAAGCUUUCGUGUUGUUACCGAGCAUCGCGACCGACUUGUAAGAAUUUAUGUCUGAGGGUAUUCCAAGCAGACUGGGAAUCGGCCUGGUCAAAACUAGACGCCGAAUGUCUCUCAUCCCCAAUGGAAGGAGAACUCAGGAGAUGUCUUGAGGAUUCUGAUGAUCCUUGCGAACCUGGAUGUUCCGGUCUCAGUUAUUGCUCUCGAUUCAACGACCGGCCAACCACGUUAUUCAGGACGUGUUCAGCAGCCGCGGACGACGCGGCGCGAUGGGAAGCGGAUCACUGGGUACGCGGUGGUGUAAUUACUGGAUUAGAUUUACCAGUAAGAGCCGCGCCCUCAUGUCCUGUCGAAACAUUGCGGGCUGCCGCUUGUCUAAUUCAAUUACGUCCAUGCGAGUCACGCAUUCACGAAACACGACUAUGCAGAGACGACUGUUUGGAACUUAUAUCCGGAUGCGUCAAUUGGACAGCUAUUACCGGUCCCCAUACCGCCGCGACACUUUGCGCUAAAUUAUCUCCAAGGAGGCAAGAUAUGCCCUGUGUUUCCCUCAAGCCUUACCUAGAAGAUUCUCCGGAAUUCGGAGUGACCCUUUUACCACAAGAGGACAUCACUACGCCCUGCAUACCAAACCCUUGCGCUCGAGAUCAAGUAUGCGUCGUUCACCCGAUUGCUGCCAAAGGUCAUCAAUGUUUACCGAGUUGUUCCCUCGGUGAGAUAUCCAGACAGGUAGUUCCCCUGGGCACUUGGGUACAGGUCCCUCGAGCCGAUCAACAAGGGUGUUUGAAAAUUUGCAAGUGCACGAUGCACGGUCUGGAAAAAUGCAAAGUAUUGAAUUGCUUCACGUUCAAUUCCUGUUGGGUUCAGGACAGAUUCGUAGCUCACAGGUCGAACUUUUAUCUCGAGUGUAACCCGUGCACUUGUUUCGAAGGGGAGAUAACUUGCUCUCAUAAAACUUGCGGCGAAUUCAGGGCACCUUCAUUGCCGUGUGAUUGUCCAGCACACUACGUUCCGGUAUGUGGAAGAUUCGGAAUCACUUUUGCCUCCGCGUGUCUAGCAAAAUGCGCAGGUAUCAGAAUGAACAAAAUCGAAUUCGGGAGCUGCUCUUCCAGAGAUCCGUGCAACCCGGAUCCUUGCGAUAGCACGGAAAAAUGUGUACGAAGACCUCGGGUCUGUUUGUCGAAUAUUCAUAAGCCCUGUGCUCAACACGAGUGCGUUCCUAUGGAUUGUGACCUUCGUCAUGACGCUGGCGGUCCAGUCUGCGAUAAAGAUAACAGGGAACACUCUUCUGUCUGCGCGAUGGUCCAUGCAGGGGCCACCUUGGGAUACAGAGGACCUUGUCUCCAGGGAUGCAGUCUUCGUGGUCCCGUUUGCGGCAUAAAUGGCGAAGAAUAUCCGAACGAAUGUGCGGCAUGGGCAGCAAGAACCGCGGUCGAUUAUCUGGGAUCAUGCGUUGCUGUUGGAUUAGUCGGUGAUUCAGCUAGACCAAGAUGCGGUGAGGCAGUGCAAUGCCCACCAUUAGCUGAUCCAAAUUGCAUCGGAGUUACAACGCCCGGAGCGUGUUGUCCGAUCUGCGGAGGAGCCGCGAGAUUAUUCUACUCUCGGAAGCAGCUUGAUCGCAUCUUGCACAUGAUGGAUGAAGAAUCGGAUCGAGACGCAGUGACGCUGGAUGCAAUGCUAGCCGCCUUGGGUCGUCAAGUUCAAGUAUCACAGUGCGUCCUGCGAGGCACACUGACACCCGAAGGGGACAUAUUUAUAGUCAAUCAGCCACUUCCCAAAAAGCCAUCGGCACUCCAAUUCCAAGCCUGCAUUGCGGAGAUGGAGAAAAUUGUCACAAGGAUAUCCGAAAGGAGUCCGAAAAUAUUGUCGGAGGUACCUCUGGGCUCAUUAACUAGAGCGGAGUUAACGCAUGGCCAUGUUUCGGGUUCUGGGUCAGAACGAUCUUGGGUCAUGUUGACCUCUAUCACAUUCAUAGUGGUUUCAAGCUUAUCGAUGUGAAAAAUAUUCGCAUUUUUGAAGCGAAAACAAAAAGACAGAUACUAUAGAAGGUAAUGGGAGCCAAUUGCUGGGUAUAUUCGAAUGUUUUCGGGUUCGUGUUUGAAGUUAUGAAUGUGUAUAGUGUGCAGUAGCUUUGGGAUUGAAAUAUCAUGAAGCAGGUUGCCGUUACGCCGACUUCGACAGUGUCUUUGUCGUAAAGAUAAGCCAUGUAUUGACCCAAUAUGGAUGCGUUUUCGCAAUGCAUCCAAUCCAAGUCUGUGAUCCUCCUAGUGCCUACAUAGUUUAAUGUAGUAAAGGAAGUACUUUUUCAAUUUUUAUUACCAAAGAGAAGAGAAUUAUAAGCAAUGAUGCAUGAAUAUAGUUGUAAGAUAAUAAUUUAAAGUUACUAGUGAAUAAAAAUAUUUUCUGAUUA